AUGGGAGUUUUUGAAGUGGUAGUCACUCACCCUCAACUUGCGCUCAACCUUAUCUGCGUUUUAACCUUUGUACUGGUUACCUUUCAAAUCGCAACGUAUCUAUACAACAUCUUUUUCCACCCUCUGCGGCAUUUCCCAGGACCUAAGUCUCACGCCGCGAGCAGCCUGCCGUAUGUCAUUAGCCAGCUACGGGGAGAACUGCAGCAUGAGAUUGUAAAGUUGCACGAGAUAUACGGAGAGGUCGUACGCGUUCUUCCAAAUGAGUUAAGCUUUUCAAGUGCAAAUGCGUGGAAAGACAUCUAUGGUCAUCGCAAAGGCGGAGAGCCUACCUUGCAGAAGUUCCAUCAGUUUUACAGCCAUCCUUUCAAUGAUGGAGUCCAUGAUAUCAUAAACGGCGAUGAUGAGACACAUUCGCGUAUGCGUCGAAUCUUUGCCAAUGCAUUUUCAGACCGUUCUCUGAAAAUGCAAGAAUCGCUUUUCCUGACUUACGUCGAUCGUCUUGUGGAGAAUAUCCGAACCACACUAGAAGAGGAGCCAAGCUACGUUUUUGACAUGGUGAUGAUGUAUAAUUUUACAACUUUUGACAUAAUGGGCGACUUGGCAUUUGGAGAAUCGCUUGAUCUUUUAAAAGAUUCGACCUAUCACGGAUGGAUUCGAGCAAUGUUCGCGAACUUCAAGUUUGGCGCCUAUCUCCAUAGCGUUCGCUAUUUUCCACUGCUCGAAUGGAUAAUGUUGAACCUUCUGCGUUUUACCCACCUGGAAGAGAAAAGAAACGAGCAUAAACAGUUUUCAUCGUCCCGCGUCGAUAAAAGACUUGCGAGAAAAGAUGCCAGGCCAGACAUUUGGGGACUUGUCAUCUCUCGUGAGGAUGGUACAGGCUUGUCUCGUCUUGAGAUGUACAAGAAUGCGGACGUAUUCAUGAUUGCAGGUACCGAAACUACAGCCACAUUACUGAGUGGCCUUACCUUUCAUCUAUUGAAGAAUCCAGAAAAGUUGAAGAAGCUGACGCAAGAGAUUCGAUCUUCUUUUCAAGACGACAGUGAGAUUACGAUCGAGAAACUGCAAGCAUUACCCUAUCUGCAUGCUUGCAUUCAAGAAGGCUUAAGGAUGUAUCCGCCUGUGUCAAAUGGGUUGCCUCGUGUUGUUCCACCACAGGGAGCAAGAAUUGAUGCAAGACCUGUUCCUGGGGGCACGAUUGUUUACAGCCAACAUCUUGCAACGUACCGGAAUGCAAAGAAUUUUAGAGAUCCUUACUCCUUCCUUCCAGAGAGAUGGAUCGAAAACGAGUACGCAUCAGACUUGAAGCAAGCCCUUAAUCCUUUCUCUGUUGGGCCACGUGCAUGUCUAGGCAAGAACAUGGCGUAUCAUGAAAUACGUCUGAUCUUGUCGAAAGUACUCUGGAACUUCGACCUGGAAUUGUGUGAACAAACUAGCGAGAACUGGGCUAACACGAAGAAAAUAUACGUACUAUGGGAGAAGGAGCCUCUGUGGUGCAGAGCGAGGUAUGUUAAUCAUGCCUGA